AUGACACUCGCUCUGCCCCCCAAUCUGGCUGUUCUGGCCGAUCGCGUGGCUUCGGGAAGCGCCUCCAAACCUCCUCUGCGGUACGGCAAGAACGUCUACAACCGAUCUUUGACCAGAGAGAUUGAGCAAUGGGUCAAGAAAUUUCAAGCUCCUCCCUCUGCCAGGGCGCUUCUGUACUCGCUCAAUGACGAUCCAGAGGCGCAUGAGAUCGCUCAAGCAGAUGAGGGCGAUGCCACUUCGGACUUGCUGCACUCCAUCCAUCAUCGUCGCGAAGGAGAUUUCUGGAACUCCAAGUGGUGGAUCCGGCAGAUCUCUCAUCCCGCUCUUCAUUCCGUUCAUGGAGGCUCAAAAGGUGCACAGAGCUUUGUCGAUGCUGUAGAGAGCAUCACCAAGGGCGCAGGAACGGUCUGUGGAGCAAAGAGGCUAGACGAGCUCAGGGAUCUGCAAGCGAAGGAGUUCAGGGAACUCUUGAAGGCUACUUUCGAUCUCCAGGGAGAUACAUGGGGAGAUUGA